UUGGCCUUAGUUUCUUACUUUAUUUGAGUACCUUGGUGGAGUUAUGCACCUAAAAUGUCUUGCUCAUUUAAUUAUUUUAAAAUGAAGAGGUCUUUCCACACAAAAAAUGAGAAUAAUUGCUCGACUUCCUUCUGAUGUGCACACGUAUGGUAUCAUAGAGAAAGAGAGAGAAAGAGAUGGGGGACUGGAAAUCUAAGAAAGAAGUUGUGCCAUUCACUGCCAUGGCUGCAGUUGAGUUCAGUAUCGUUGGUCUACAUAUUCUGUACAAAUCAGCCAUUUUAAAAGGCUUGACCUUCUUUGUUUUCAUCACUUAUUCUUAUUCUUUUGGCACCCUUCUUCUCCUCCCACAUACCUUAUUUUUCUCAAGAAGACUUCCUUCCUUAAAGUGGUCUGUUCUUUACAAAGUUUUCCUCCUUUCACUUAUUGGAUAUGUAGCUAGAGUAUGUAGCUACAAAGGUUUGGAAUAUAGCUCACCAGCUCUUAAUUCUUCAGUCAGCACACUUGGUCCAGCUUUCACUUUCAUUUUGGCUGUCGUUUUCAGGAUGGAAUUUGUGGAUUUGGAAAGAACACCCACUCAAGCCAAAAUCAUAGGAACUGUAGUAUCGGUAUUAGGUGCAUUAGUAGCAGUUCUCUACAAGGGCCCAACACUUGUAUCGUCUCAACCUGGACCAGUAGUAGUAGCAGUACCAUCUCAUUCUCUUGAUCUACAUAAGCAAUUUUCAAAUUGGGCUUUAGGUGGUUUUUUACUGGCUGCAGAGUGCCUUCUCAACUCAUUCGCUUCCAUUCUUCAGGCCCAUAUUCUAAAAAUAUACCCGGCUGAGCUCAUGGUGGCCUUCAUGUACUGCCUAGGUGUGACGAUCAUUACAGUACCUGUAAGCUUCAUGGUAAAAAGAGAGUUGAAUGAUUGGACACUGAGACCUGAUAUUACAUUGAUCACCGUUAUAUACUCGACAUUUCUUGGCCCAGCCUUCAUAAUUUCCGUCCACUCUUAUUGCCUGUCCUCAAAAGGGCCUCUUUAUACCUCAAUCUUCAAGCCAUUUUCCAUUUUCAUUGCUGCUGUUGCGAGUUUUAUACUCCUUGGUGAUGGUCUCCAUCUUGGGAGUGUGCUUGGAUCAACGAUACUCUUACUUGGGUUUUAUGCUGUGUUAUGGGGAAAAGCCAAUGAAAAGAAGAUCAAUGACUCCGAGUGUGGUAACUUGGGAGCCUCAUCUAGUGGGAAGAAGACCGCUUUGUUGCAAAGCCAUAUUGAUCAAAAUUAUGUACAAUAACUUGGGUUCAUUUCAUAAUCUUAUUCAUUACGACAGAAUGAUAAAGAUCUGAAACCAAAUACAAAUAACGUGGUCAUUAUUGAAUCAUUACGAUACUAAAUUAAUAAAUAUACCA